AUGUGUGUGCAAAAGCGCGUCAAAGGGGAAAAUCGACGUGCGCAACAGUUGCAACGCACAAAAAAAAAGGCGAUCUUUGACGCCGCGGUCCUUGAUGGGGAGGGGCGCUCGCUUGAAGCGGGCCUGGUGGUGAGAAAAAUUGAAAAGGGCAGAGGUAACAAUUGGCCUUCCUAUUCUGGACGGAGGACGAUGCAGCCCAAAUGCACGCGGCUCUCGAUAUAUGAUAGCUCCCAUCCCUUUAUCAGCCCGCAGCCUGCAGAAUCACAGAAAGAAUACCUUCUUCCUCUUCUGCCGCAGUAG